AUGUCUCAUCAAUAUCAUUUCGACGUUACAAUGGCAUGUUCAUCAUGUUCUAAUGCUGUAAACAGAGUAUUGAGCAAAUUAGAUGGUGAUAAUAAGAUAGAUGUUUCCUUAGAAAAGCAAACAGUUGAUAUCACUACUGAUCAAGAUUACGACACUGUUUACAAUACCAUUGCCAAGACUGGUAAGAAAAUCAAUGAUGGAAAGGUUAUACAAUAG